AUGUCGACUGUUGCUCUCAUGGGAUCGGCACCUAAAGUCUUUGAUCUGGAUGCACCCCCUCCAGCUAUCAGCUUGCCAGAAACAGCCUCAAUAACUAAAUCACCCUUCGCUAACUGUGAUCCCUCAUACAAGAGAUCAACUUUGAAUGCGAUCCCAGCAACCUCGCAGCUCUUGACAAAAUCUCGAUUGCCCUUUGGCCUUGUCAUUACACCGUAUCGGAGCGUCAAGGAAGGCGAUGAACCCGUGCCUGUCGUCUCAGACUCGAUCAUUGCUCGCUGCCGUAGAUGCAGAACCUAUAUCAACCCAUUUGUCAAAUUCGUUGAGGGUGGUCAGCGCUGGAAAUGCAACAUGUGUUACACCCUUAAUGAAGUUCCCUCUUCAUUCGACUAUGACUCUCAGACACAACAACCUAUGGAUCGCUGGCAGCGCAAAGAGCUGAAUCACGCUGUUGUGGAGUACAUUGCUCCGACAGAGUACAUGGUCCGACCUCCCCAGCCCCUGGUGUAUAUGUUUGUCAUCGACGUAUCAUACCCAGCAAUUCAGUGUGGAAUGGUGGCAACGGCAGCGACGACCAUUUUGGAGUCAUUGGACAGGAUACCCAAUGACGAAGGGCGCACCAAAGUCGGAAUUAUUACCGUGGAUAGUUCGAUCCACUUUUAUAAUUUGAAGACUGCCUCUGGAGAACCUCAGAUGCUGGUCGUGUCUGAUUUGGAAGAGGCGUUCCUGCCCCAGCCUCAGGAUCUGCUCUGCAAUCUCAGCGAGUGUCGCGCCACGUUGGAGGCGUUGUUGAACAGGAUGAAUGACAUGUUCAAGGAUACCCAUAAUGUAGGCAACGCACUAGGCCCCGCCCUGAACUCGGCCUAUAAACUUAUCUCGCCCAUUGGAGGAAAGAUCCUGUGCUUGCAGGCCAGUUUGCCCAACCUAGAGGCGGGAGCUCUGAAGAUGCGCGAGGACCCGAAGCUCUUGGGGACAUCCAAGGAAUCGACCCUAUUACAAUCAGCAUCGUCCUUCUACAAAUCUUUUGCCAUCGAAUGCUCAAAGUCGCAAGUUUGCGUGGAUAUGUUCCUCUUCGGGUCUCAGUACACCGAUGUUGCCACUCUGAGCUGCCUACCACGUUUUACUGGCGGAAGUACAUUCUUCUAUCCUGCCUUUACGGCAGCCAAGUCGGAGGACGCACUCAAGUUUGCGCAUGAAUUGGCAGAGUUCUUAUCACAGAGGAUAGCAUUGGAGGCUGUGAUGAGGGUUCGCGCGUCCAAGGGACUGAGAAUGUCGGCUUUCUAUGGCAACUUUUUUGUGCGCUCGACAGAUCUGCUAUCCUUACCCAAUGUGCCUCGCGACCAAUCGUAUUCAAUUGAAAUCAGCUACGAUGACAAUCUGACUAUCCCUAUCGUUUGUUUCCAGACGGCCUUAUUGCACACGUCGUCUUCUGGUGAACGCCGUAUUCGUGUGCUGACGCUUGCACUUCCUGUGACGACAAGUCUAUCAGAGCUGUACAUGUCUGCUGAUCAGGUGGCAAUCACAACGUUGCUUGCCUGUAAAGCCGUUGAACGUGGAAGGGACUCGAAGCUGGAUGAUGCCCGUGAUGCGUUGACCAACAAAUGCGUGGAUAUCCUUGGCGUGUACAAGACACACAUGACAGCAUCAUCGUCUGGUGCCACUCCCAACCUCCAGAUCUGCGACAAUCUCAAGCUAUUGCCGCUUUUGACGCUCGGCAUGCUGAAGCAUGUUGGUCUUCGUGGAGGUUCUCAGAUUCCAUCGGACCUUCGGUCGUACGCCAUGCACCUACUUUCAACGCUGCCCUCCCAAUGUCUGAUCCCGUUUAUCCAUCCCCGAUUCUACUCUCUUCACGACAUGCCCGAGCACUGUGGAACGAUCGGGACAGAUGGCAUUCAGAUGCCCCAGGCGAUGAACCUAAGCAGCGAGCGACUUUCUCGCGCAGGAUUGUUUAUGUUGGAAGAUAGCCAGAACAUCUUUUUGUGGAUCGGUCGGGACGCAGUUCCUCAGCUUUGCAUGGAUCUGUUUGGCAUUCCCAACUAUGAAAGCAUCAGGGGCGGAAAGACGACGCUCCCAUCUCUGGAGACGGACUUUAACCAGCGGGUAAACCUGAUUAUCGGCAAGACACGAGAGAUGCGUCGCACUUCGUAUUAUCCUCAGCUGUAUAUCGUCAAGGAGGAUGGCGAUGCGGCUUUACGCUUGUGGUUCUUGAGCCACCUUAUUGAGGACCGUGCCGAGCCCAUCAUGAGUUAUUAUCAAUACCUUGGUCAUCUCAAGGACAGGGUAAGUAACAUGACAACCACAUAG